GUUCAUCAGUUGGUGAGGUUGGUGAGGUUGGUGUUAACAGACACGAGUGGUCACAUUGUAAAGCCACCGCGAAAUGCCCUUGUGGAUCUAUUACAACUGGGAGUCUCAACCUUGCAAGGAGACAAAUGGGCCAAACGCAGAAGGUUGAUGACACCUGCCUUCCACUUUGAGAGAUUAAGGGGGAUGAUCCCAGCAUUUUCAGCCUGCUGUUGUGAUCUGGUUCAGCGAUGGAAGAAAUUAGCAGGUCCUCAGGGAUCAUGUGAAUUGGAUGUUGCAAGCGAAUUUAAUAUUCUUGCAAGUGAUGUUAUAGCUCGAGCAGCCUUUGGAAGCAGCUAUGAAGAGGGAAAGAAAAUAUUUGAUCUUCAAAAAGAUCAAGUUAUUUUGGUCCAUGAAGCUCUUUUUUCCAUUUACUUCCCUGGUUUGAGAUUCAUACCCUCUAAAAAGAACAAGAAGAGAUACAGUAUAGACAAAGAGAUAAAAGCAGCAUUGAGAAAUAUUAUCCAUAAGAAGGAGCAGGCCAUGCAAAAUGGAGACUUAGGCGAUGCUGACCUGCUAGGCUUGCUUUUAAAGGGCAGAGAUGAUGCUGAUAAUGACAUGAAAAUUGAAGAUGUAAUCGAGGAAUGCAAGUUGUUCUUCUUUGCAGGCCAAGAGACCACAGCAAACUUACUCACUUGGACAUUGAUAGUUCUAUCUAUGCAUCCAGUCUGGCAAGAGAAAGCAAGAGAAGAAGUUUUGCAGAUUUGUGGCAAGAGAUCACCUGAUAUCGAUAGUAUAAAACAACUCAGAAUUGUCUCAAUGAUCUUAAACGAGGUACUAAGACUAUAUCCACCUGUGAAUAUUCUGUAUCGACAUACUCUAAAGGAAACAACCGUUCGAGGAAUGUCCAUUCCAGCUGGGGUAGACCUCCUGUUACCAUUCUUGUUUCUUCACUAUGAUCCUGAGUAUUGGGGAGACAACGCAGAAGAAUUCAAACCAGAGAGAUUCUCUGAAGGAGUUUCAAAAGCAUCAAAGGAUGAAAUUGCAUUUUACCCUUUUGGUUGGGGCCCUAGAUUUUGUCUAGGCCAAAACUUUGCCUUGACUGAAGCAAAGAUGGCUCUUACUAUGAUUCUACAAAAUUUCUGGUUUGAGCUUUCACCCUCUUACACGCAUGCUCCUGGUAAUGUCAUAACUCUUUAACCACAACAUGGAGCUCCUAUUAUAUUACACCAAUUAUAAGGUUUGCAUAGUACUUUAGUAUCUUAGGAAGGGAAGCAACUCAGUUGAAUGAGUUACAGUAGGUUGUCCCAAUGUUUUGUUGUCAACCAGGAACAAGUUGGUGCAGUGGAGAGUGUUGUUUCUAUGCAUAAUGUUGCCAUCUGCUAUUGUAUUAAAGUGAUUAUUCCCUUUUCUUUCUUUUGGUUCUGAUGAUUGUUCAUAGUAUGUGCUUAUGAAAGCACCACCUAAUGGAGAAAGAUGCUUAUUUCCUUCAA